GGCGACGCACGCACGCGCGCGCACUGACACGAAGCAACACGCACGCGAUGCGCGUCUACGCCGCGCUGCCGCACGCAUGCGCCUUCCCCGCCGGCGAUGCUCCCGCACACUCCACGAGGCGCUCGUGCCAUGCACCGACCCCGCGCUCCUGAACCUGUGCUCUCCCAUUUCUUCCCCAAACGCUGAGUGUGACCCGCGCGGACGUCGCGGAUUCUCUGUGCCGUCGUUGGAUGCGUUAAAAUUUCGGGUGGGUCGAGGAGAAUUAUGCGUGGGGCGUGCGCGUGCGCGGUGGUGUGCGCACUGGUGGCGCUGUGCGCCGCGCUGGAGCCCGAGGCGCGCGCUGCCGCCGAGCGCCAGCUGCUCACCCUGCUCGGCCUGCCGCGUCGACCAGCGCGCGUCCGUACUGCGCCGCCACCCGUGCCGCGCGCUAUGCGUCUGCUGUAUGAGGCGCAGGGCGCGCUGCCCGCGGCCGCCGCCAACACGGCCCGUUCCUUCCACCACACGCCCACCGAGCUCGACCGACGCUUCCCCGCCGACCAUCGCUUUCGACUCUACUUCAACGUGAGCGCUGUGCCGUCGGACGAGGUCGCACGCGGCGCCGAGCUCACCCUGCAACGGGCGCACAAUGUGACAGGUGCCCAGCGUCUCCUUCUGUACGACAUCGUGCGGCCGGGGCGACGCGGUCACUCUGAUCCCAUCCUACGAUUGCUCGACUCCGUGCCGCUGAGGGCCGGCGACGGCGUGGUGAAGGCCGACGCGCUGAGCGCGGCACGCCGCUGGCUCUCGGAGCCGCAGCACAAUCAUGGCUUGCUAGUAAAAGUCUUAGACGAGGAGGCAAAGGGAGUAGCCGCACAGAGCCCACACGUGAGAGUGCGAAGACGAGCGGAAGAGGAGGAGGAGCAAUGGCGCGCGCUGCAGCCGCUGCUGCUGUUAUACACGGAGGACGCGCGAGCGCGCGCCGCCCGAGAGAACGGCGAGUCGCGCCUCACGCGGAACAAGCGAGCGGCCGCGAGGAGAGGGCACCGCGCGCACCACAGGCGCAAGGAGGCCCGCGAGAUCUGCCAGAGGCGACCGCUGUUUGUGGACUUCGCCGACGUGGGCUGGAGCGACUGGAUCGUGGCCCCGCAUGGCUACGACGCGUACUACUGCCAGGGCGACUGCCCGUUCCCUCUGGCAGACCACCUCAAUGGCACCAAUCACGCGAUAGUGCAGACUCUAGUGAACUCAGUGAACCCGGCGGCUGUGCCCAAAGCGUGUUGUGUGCCCACGCAGCUGUCGCCAAUAUCUAUGUUGUAUAUGGACGAAGUGAACAAUGUGGUGCUUAAAAACUAUCAAGACAUGAUGGUAGUGGGCUGCGGGUGCCGAUGACGAAGGGCUGCCGCCCUCCGCCGCCCGACGGCCGGCACUCUUAUAGUGAUAUCUCGUGGACCCAGUGUAAAUAUAGUUGCGGCCUCGAAAUCUGUACAUACUCGUAGAUUAACCUGUGUAUAUAUUCGUGUAGUAAUUAUUUUAUUGAUGAGAUGAUGUUGAUAUAAUAAAAGAUAUAAUUUUCAACUAUAAAUUCCAUUGAUUUUCUAGUGAAAAAAUCGUCCCUUGGUACAGUGAAUAUUCUGCCAUAUUUCUAUUGAGUGUUUACGGAAGCGAUUCUUAUAUUUGUACUAGUCGUAAAGUAUUAUAAAUGAUAAACUUAUAUUGAAACGAGUUAGCUACUCGAGUAAUACAUAAAAACGAUAAUUUGUAGCCUAAAGACGGCGACACCGUACGUAAAAAGCCUGUAAUGGCUUCCACGCAUAAUUCACUUUAACAGUAUAAAUUAUUAAUUUUACAUUUACUGCUUAUCAAAAUUUAUUUAUACUCGAUGAAAAUAUUGUGUAAAAUACAAAUCUGUAAAGUUUCUAUAAAUAUUGUAUCGAUUCCAUCAUAUCGAAACAGUGAAAAACAAUGUCUAAUCACAAGUCACAACAAUAGUGGUUUGGAUCGCGUAGACCGGCGGGCACGCAGUCUCCUACUCAGGUUUUAAAGGUCAAGAUUUUAGACUAAAUACCUGUCCACGGCCGUCUACAGUUUCUCAUGUGCUGAGGUCGCGGCUAAACGAUUCUAUUGAAUCGAUACAAUGCUCUAUAAUUCAUUGUUUUGACUUUUGUAAUUCGUACUUUGAGCUCGGAGCUAUUCAAAUUAGCUCCAUUAUAACUUUAUACUUUGUAAUUUCAUGUCAUUUAGAACUGAUCAUACUU